AUGGCAGAGCGCAGCUGUCUGUGCAAGAAACCUUACUUUUAUCAGGGGCAGGGGCAGCAGCAACAGCAGCAGCAGCAGCAGCAGCAGACACAAGAACCACGGCAGCAGCAACGCGGGCAGCUUUCGUAUCAGACUCGACGUGCAAUGGAGAUGAUUAGGGCUACCCGCCCUCCGAAACCCCCGCCAAAGCCAAAGGAUAAAAAGCCUAGAGUUCUGAGCGCCGCUCAUUUGGCUAAACUUUCUAAAUGUUUGCAGGGUUUUGAGAUAUGUGGCCUUUCGAGAAGCAGCGGCGGCAGCAGCAGUAGUAGCAGCAACCGCACAAAACCCAGCAGCAGCAACCGCAGCAACUGCAACAGCAGCAGCAGCAGCAGCAGCACUAGGCGGUUAAAGGCGUUGUUGUGUUUGCCUCAGAGAACCCAAAGCUUAGAAACUCGGCGGCGGAUUUCCUUAAAGAUAAAAGAAAAAUGGUGCAACAAAGAGUACGCACAAAGAGUCUGCGCUGCUAUGGCGAGGGCCAAUUCAAGCAACGAAAGACGCUCUAAAAUAUCUGAAUCCCUGAAGCUCAAGUGGAAAGACGAAAGCUUUCGGGCGAGAAUGAAAAGCUGCAGACUGCCCUUUUCAGAAGAACGAAGAAGAAGACUGAGCCAUGCGAUUGCGGACUAUGAUCGCCAUGAGGGUUUAGGGCGUUUGUGGCAUGGGGAUGCUGCCUAUCGGGAGAAGACUUUAAAUGGAAUUCGGCGUUAUGUAAAUCUCAAGGCGACAACUAGGAAGAAAACUAGGAAACCCACUCGACAGCUGCAGCUUGAACUCCCCCAGGAAAAAGGUGACAGACUCUGGAGCUCCAUGUACAGCCGACUCCUAGCGCAGCAGCAGCAACAACAAGAGCAGCAAGAACAACAACAGCUGAAGCAACAGCAGCUGCAGCAACAACAGCUGCAGCAACAACAGCUGGAGCAACAGCAGCAGCAGCAACAACAGCUGCAGCAACAACAGCUGCAGCAACAACAGCUGCAGCAACAGCAUGUGCAGCAACAGCAGCAACAACAGCCGCAGCAGCAUCACAGCGUGGUGAAGGAUUGGGCCAGCCCUCUCUGGGGCCUGUAG